UGUGGUGUGGAAAAGCCGAUAGGCGCUAUGGUGCGCGAUAGGGUGAUGGUCAGGAGCGUGGCUGAACUUCAAUUAGGAGCAGCCCGGUUGAUUGAGCCCGGCCCACCAUCCAAGUGCCAAACAUAUAAAAGCAAACCGAGCCGCCAUGCGGAGAAACUAUUCAACUUUGUACCUGGGACUCAAAUGCGCUUUCUGUGGCGAUGUGGCCGACUCGCUCUCUUUCUUCGUUGUUCUUUCUCUCUCUGGCCCUGUGUACAGCCGCCAAUAGCCAACCCGAAAAAAGAUAUGCCAUCCUGGAUAACGACUGGGGGGCAAUUAGCUUUCUUCCAUUCUUGAUCGCGCUCAAGAAUGACAUCCAGGUUCUGGGAUUAGUCUCCGAUACGGCCAAUUCGUGGCAGCGUCAAUGCGCAUACCAUGCGCUAGCCAACCUUGAGGUCGGAAACCUCAGUUGCAUCCCAGUCUAUGCGGGCGCCACCUAUCCUCUAAUCAAUACACCAGUGCGCUUCCAGGCAUGGGAAAGCGUGCACGGCAAACUUCCCUGGGAGGGCGCUUUCGCUUCAGAGAAUGUAACAGCAGAAGCACUCGGUAAUGACCCAACAUCAGGGGAUCCAAACCGGAUCGUCAAGGCCGCUUUUGUUGAGGGAUUCCCCACUACUAAGAUCAACCACUCCACGUCUGCCGCCAAUUUCAUGGUUGAGAUGGUCCACAAAUAUCCGCAUCAAGUCUCCAUCUACUCUGCCGGGGCGUUGACCAACAUUGCCUUGGCAGUGCGAAUGGAUCCCGAUUUCGCCUCCCUGGCCAAAGAACUGGUCAUCAUGGGAGGAUACGUGGAUGUGAAUAUGUAUCAGGUUACGGGUGAUUAUUUACAGGCGGACAUAAACUCCGAUAUCAACUUGAUGAUCGACCCAGAAGCUGCGAAAAUUGCCCUCAAUGCAGAGUUCCCCGAGAUUGUUAUCGCCGGAAACGUGGCCAAUCAGGUACAAUCGACACAGGACUACCUCGAUGAGGUCUACACGGUCAAGAAUGAGUAUACCAGGCUCUUCCAUGAUCACUAUGGCACCGAGUUUCCUUUCUGGGAUGAAACUGCGGCCGCCCUCAUGGUUGACCGGUCUCUUGCUAUUAACACCACUACUGCCUAUAUCGACGUCGAUAUCUCUUAUGGAAGCCCUAAUUACGGAAAUAUUCAUGUCUACCAGGCCAUGCUUAAGCCACCGGGCGUGCGCAACAUCACCUAUGUGAACCGUAUCGACGGCGCGAAGCUCAAGGACAUGAUGAAGCAGGCUAUGUGGAAGCCUCCGACGUGCUCUUGAGUGGAUGACAUUGGCUAUCUUAAGAUAAGACACCACUUGUGUUGAAUACAAAUACAGAGCAAUAACAUCCUCUUGGUUAUAGAGUAGAGCUCCAUACAAUCCAUUUUACUAUCAUCUGUCCUAUGUUGACCCUCGCGGUUGUAUCCAUCUCAUCAUCAGCGAAUUAAACAUUACUUUGCAACGCGAAUUCCAAGUUUGCUUUUUUGUCCCCUUCCCCAGGUUAACCACUCAAUGUUUUCGUUUGUAUACCUACUUCGUAUGGGAGAGAAAAUAAAAUAUAUGAGAUUGAUUGGUGUGAUCCUC